GCGGAAUUGUGGAACAGAAUACUAUUUUUAUAAACAUGAUCGUAGAAUCAUAACGUCACGUCUCAAGUCGAUUUAUUCAAGAUUGUGAUUGUCUUUAAAUUAAAUAAUUUAAAUUUUUUUAAAUUAAUUUUUUUUUCAUAGCAAGUAUGUCUAGAGAAAGGGCGUCUAGACGAUUUUAUCGUGUUGAAUCGUGUACGGAUCUUUUUGAUCGUGGUGAAACUGCUCAAAAUGAAAAUCGAUGGACAUUUGAAGUUGCGUGGGAGGCAGCAAAUAAAGUUGGUGGAAUUUAUACCGUAAUUCGAUCGAAAGCAUAUAUUUCAACCGAAGAAUUAGGUGAUCAAUAUUGUCUGUUAGGGCCAUACAAAGAACAAUGUGCCCGGCAGGAAGUGGAAGAAGCUGAUUUCGAUCAUAAUAGUCCAUUGCAUAUGGCUGUUGAUCGAAUGCGACAACAAGGAUUUAAAGUGCAUACCGGCACUUGGUUGGUAGAUGGAAAUCCACAAAUUAUAUUGUUCGAUAUUGGUAGUGCGGCAUGGAAACUUGACGAAUAUAAAGCAGAGCUUUGGAACACAUGUAAUUUAGGUAUCCCUCAUUUAGAUAUUGAAGCGAAUGAUGCAAUUAUAUUAGGUUAUCAAGUAGCUCAAUUUAUUCAAGAGUUUAUUAAUGCUGGAGAAUCAAUAGGCGUGCCACCCCGAGUGGUAACACAUUUUCAUGAAUGGCAAGCAGGUGUUGGAUUAAUCGCUUUACGUACACGAAAAGUAAAAGUAGCAACUGUUUUCACAACUCAUGCAACACUACUAGGAAGAUAUUUAUGUGCUGGAAACACUGAUUUUUAUAAUAAUCUCGAUAAGUUUAGCGUGGAUGAAGAAGCUGGAAAGCGACAAAUUUAUCAUCGAUAUUGUAUGGAACGAGCUGCGUCACAUUUAACUCACGUCUUUACAACCGUGUCUGAAAUCACAGGAUUCGAAGCUGAACAUCUCUUGAAAAGAAAACCAGAUUUUAUUACACCAAAUGGUUUAAACGUAAAAAAAUUUUCUGCGUUGCAUGAAUUCCAAAAUUUACAUGCAAUAUCAAAAGAAAAAAUUCAUGAAUUUGUACGAGGUCAUUUUUAUGGUCAUUUUGAUUUUAAUUUAGAUAAAACAUUAUAUUUCUUUAUUGCUGGUCGAUACGAAUUCGGUAACAAAGGCGCUGAUAUAUUUAUUGAGGCUCUUGCUAGAUUAAAUCAUUAUAUUAAGAGUUCGAAUACAGACAUAACUGUCGUAGCUUUUCUGAUUUUCCCGGCUAAAACAAAUAAUUUCAACGUCGAAAGUUUAAGAGGGCAUGCUGUUACAAAAAGUUUGCGUGAUACAAUUAACGAUAUUCAACAAAAAAUUGGAAAACGAAUGUAUGAUAUUUGUUUAAGCGGAAGAUUACCUGACACAUCAGAACUAUUGGAAAAAGAUGAUACGGUUAAAAUUAAAAGAUGUCUGUAUUCAUUGCAACGAGAUGGAUUACCACCAAUUACUACACAUAAUGUUGUAGAUGAUUGGAAUGAUCCUGUUUUGAAUGGAGUACGACGGUGUAAAAUGUUUAACACAGUCCACGACAGAGUAAAGGUAGUCUUCCAUCCAGAAUUUUUGAGUUCUACAAAUCCAUUGUUUGGGUUAGAUUAUGAAGAAUUUGUUCGAGGAUGUCAUUUAGGAGUAUUCCCAAGUUACUAUGAACCAUGGGGCUAUACUCCAGCAGAAUGUACUGUAAUGGGUAUUCCAAGUAUUACCACAAAUUUAUCAGGUUUUGGAUGUUUUAUGCAAGAACAUAUUGCGGAUCCAAUGUCGUACGGUAUCUAUGUGGUUGAUAGAAGAUAUAUUUCGUUGGAAAAUAGUGUACAACAACUUGCCCAAUUUAUGUACGACUUCUCACGGUUAAAUCGACGACAAAGAAUUAUCCAGCGAAAUCGUACAGAACGUUUAAGCGAUUUAUUAGACUGGAGAAAUUUAGGAGUGUACUACAGAGACGCUCGACAACAAGCAUUACAAGCCGUUUAUCCUGAUCUAACGUUCGAAAAGACAGAUGGAACAUCACGAUUUAGAUAUCCACGACCAUUAUCAGAGCCACCUAGUCCUAGUUCAACACCUGCAGCUUCAGAGCUUGGUAGUGAUUCAGAAGAUGAUGAAAAAGAGUUAGAAGAACUUGGCAUCAAGUAGAAAAUAACCCAAACAAAUCGAUAAACUUUUUAUUAGUGAAUAACCAAUUUAGAAAUUUUUACUGCCAAAUUGAAUAAACACAGUUUAUUGCACGUUUUCAUAAAAAAAAUACACUACGGAAAAGUAAUUUGGAGGUCAUUUAUAAAUUUUGUGGGGCAAGUUAAAGAGCGAAUGUAAAGUAUAUGCGAUGGAAUACAUGAGGACCUUUUGAUAGAGUAGAGUUUUAUUAAAAUUAAAAUAGAAAAGAGAAACUUCCAUCAUAAUUUAUAAAUCAUCCCCGAAUAUUACUGUCGUUAUAAUAAUUAUAGAAGAUUAUGAAUUAAAUAUUAUUGAUGCUGUGUUAAUUUUAAGUAAUAUUAAAUUAAGAUACACAUGUACUGGACGGUCGAACAAAAUGCUGGCACAUUUUAAGCUAACGCUUAUCUAAUAGCUUAUUGUUGCAGUUAGCUGAUCUAAUACAUUGUGGUAGCAGUUUUUUUGACAUUCUGUAUGUUAAUAAUCUCUACGUCAGCAAAUUUUAGCUCAUAAUUUUAAUUUUAGGCACUGUUUUUUUGCGUUCAAUAAUAAUCGAUUUUAACUGUCGAAAAGUUAAUAUUUAUAAGUUUCAUUUUGGCAGUAUUAGAUCAAUUAAGUAAAACAUUGAAUUCAGUUACAGUUCAAAUUUAUAUCGUAUUUAUUUGAAACAAUUAAGAUAAUAGGAGUAGUUUUCAGGGCACCGAUCUUAUAACUUCAUAAAAUAGUUGAGUCGCUUAAUAUCGUC